CUUGAUCUUGAAAGUGUGAGUUCGUUUUCGUGUAUCCAUACACCUUUCUUUUCUCUGACCCCUCCUGCAGAAUUUUUGGUUGGAAAAUAUAUAGUAUUUAAAAACAAAAUCUUGAAAUUAAAUUUGAAAGCUGCAAAUGUAAUCACCCAAAGUGUGUAAUAUUUUAGCAUGCACCCUUCUUUCUUUCUAGGUGUUGUGAUUUUGUUUUUUUGUGGAGUGAAGAUGAGUAUUAUGACCACUUUCACAGAAAAGGUGAUUGCUUUUUGAUGGAGGUCCCUAUAAACACUCAUAGAUACAUACACCACUCCUGAAUGCUUUGAUAGGCGUGCUUUGUUGCAUAAAAAACACACCCUUUUUGCUUCUUUUUUUUCCUUUUCCUGUUGUUGGUUUCAUUACAAGUUAUUAGCCCCACUUGGAUUUUGCAGGCUUAUGUUUCUUUGUUGUUGUGUGUUUUUGGGGCAUCUUCUUCUGUAUCUAUUUCAUAUUUCCGUUGUAUGUUAGAUUCCCCUAUCCCCUUAUAUCAGACAUUUAGACCUCAUGUGAGAAGGGUUCUUUUUGUUUUUGGUCUUCAUGUUGUUUGUUCAUGAUGAAAGUUGUGUGAUUUUUGGUCAAAACAUUGAGUAAAGACUCUGCAAGAUUGGAUCUUUAUGAUGUUUGUGGUCUUUAUGAGAUGGGUUAUGUGAUUUGAUUGUUUUGAUGAUGAGGGGGGGGGGGGUUUGAAGUUAAUAUGUUGUUGUUAAAGUUGUUGAUGUAGAAAGGAAUUGGAGUAUGACCACCAUUGAAGAGAAGUUGAACUCAACAGGUGUGAACAGUGGGGCACACACUUUACUUGAGGAAAUGAAAUUGUUGAAGGAAAUGCAGGACCAUCAUUCUGUGAUAAAGAAGCCAAUAAAUUCUGAGCUAUGGCAUGCAUGUGCUGGACCAUUGGUGACCCUACCACAGGUGGGAAGCCUUGUUUAUUACUUCCCACAAGGACACAGUGAACAGGUUGCUGUUUCGACAAAUAGAACCGCGACAUCACAAGUUCCUAAUUAUCCAAAUCUUCCUUCUCAACUGUUGUGCCAAGUUUUAAACGCUACCUUACAUGCAGAUAAAGAUACCGACGAGAUCUAUGCCCAAAUGAGCCUUCGACCCGUGAACUCGGAAAAAGAUGUUCUUCCGAUACCGGACUUUGGGACGAAACCGAAUAGACAUCCGAAUGAAUUCUUCUGCAAGACUUUGACACCGAGCGAUACGAGCACACAUGGUGGCUUUUCUGUCCCUCGUAGAGCAGCAGAAAAACUCUUUCCACAAUUGGAUUUUUCAAUGCAACCUCCGACUCAAGAGCUUAUUGUUCGUGACUUACAUGAUAACACUUGGACAUUCCGUCAUAUAUACCGCGGGCAGCCGAAACGACACCUCCUUACCACGGGUUGGAGCAUGUUUGUUGGUGCAAAAAGGCUUAAAGCUGGUGAUGCUGUCCUAUUUAUCAGGGAUGAGAAGUCACAAUUAUUAUUGGGAGUACGGCGAGCAAAUCGUCAAAAUAUGUCUUUGCCAUCGUCGGUUUUAUCUGCUGAUAGCAUGCACAUAGGAGUCCUUGCUGCUGCAGCUCAUGCUGCUUCUAAUCAAACUCCCUUUACAAUAUUCUACAACCCAAGGGCGUGUCCUUCGGAAUUUGUCAUUCCAUUGGCGAGGUAUCGAAAAGCGGUUUACGGGACACAACUUUCAGUCGGUAUGAGGUUUGGAAUGAUGUUUGAAACCGAAGAAUCAGGAAAACGCAGAUACAUGGGCACAAUCGUUAGCAUAAGUGACGUGGACCCGUUAAGAUGGCCGGGCUCUAAGUGGCAUAAUCUCCAGGUUGAGUGGGACGAGCCCGGUUGUGGCGAUAAACAAAGUAGAGUGAGCCCGUGGGAUAUCGAGGCCCCCGAAAGUCUCUUCAUUUUCCCUUCUAUCACUUCAAGCCUUAAACGACCAUUCAACUCCGCUUUUCUUGGAGCACAACCUGAAUGGGACCACAAUAUGGUAAACCGGUCGUUCAUGCGGGCCCAGGAUUCCAUAAACGGGAAUCUUUUGAACCCUUCCAUGUCUAGCUUAUGGUCAGAACAACUGAUGAAGAUGUUAAUGAAACCUCAAAAUACUAACAACAACACUACAACCGUUACACCUACCAUUCAAGAAACUUUUCCCGCCAACAGAAGUCAGUUACAAGUCGAAAACCGCCCCCCAUAUCAACUCAUUCAACCCAACACCAACACUGCCACCGCCUCAACCACCACUAACACGAACAUGACCACUGUAGUGCCGCAAUCCACCCCGAAUCUUCCCGGAAGUCAACCCCAACAGUCGGAAACAGUAAAACCAGACUCGAAACCAAUCAACACCCCUCAGAGUCUCGCACACGAGCUUCCGUUUCUUAACCCGUUGUCUCCAUUUGACUCAAGCAUACUCCACGGUCAACAGUUUGACUCACCUCAGAUUGAUUCGUCUAGUCUUAACGGGAUAUUCCCAUACCCGGAUACCAACGUACUGAACCCGUAUCCAUCUCUCGGGCCAGAAACAUGGGACCCACAAAACAAUAACUCGAAAUCUUUCUUGCAACCAAACCAAUGCCCCUCAAACAUGUACGGUUUCAAAGACAUAUCCGAUGAGGCCCACAAUAAUCUCCAAACUGGCAAUGUAUACAACUGUAUAAAUUUUGAAACUAGUAACGCUGGUAGUACAGUGGUUGAUCCUUCGGUCUCGAGUACGGUGCUGGACGAGUUCUGCAACUUGAAAGACAUCGAGUUCCAGAACCCGUCUAGUUAUUUAGUGAGUAAUAACUUCAGCUCGAGCCAAGAUGUUCAGUCACAGAUCACUUCAGCUAGCCUUGUUGAUUCGCAAGCUUACUCAAUGCAAGAACUGCCUGAUAAUUCGGGUGGAGCGUCUUCUAGCAAUGGUGAGUUUGAUGAUAGUAGACUUUUGAACAAUAACUCAUGGCAACAAGUUGCUCCACCUCCGCGUGUACGAACGUAUACCAAGAUUCAAAAGGCGGGUUCGGUUGGGAGGUCUAUCGAUGUAUCGGGUUUCAAGAACUAUGAUGAACUUUGUAGUGAAAUCGAAAAGAUGUUCGGGCUCGAGGGAUUGCUUAAUGAUUCAAGAGGAUCGGGUUGGAAGUUGGUGUAUGUAGAUUAUGAGAAGGAUGUUCUUCUUGUUGGAGAUGAUCCAUGGGAGGAGUUUGUAGGAUGCGUACGAUGCAUCAGGAUUCUAUCGCCUUCUGAAGUUCAGCAGAUGGGGGAAGAGGGAAUGCAGCUUCUGAACAGCAAUGCAGCAUUACAGGCUGGGAUGAAUGGUGGCCCGAUAUCAGAGAACGGGCCUCGCACUUGGGUUGGCCCUACAUGAACUGAACCGGUCUUAACCAUCAUGGACCGGUUGCAUGCAGUGACCAGAUCAUAGGUAGCAAGAUGAUUCUUGGUAUGGUAAUAUGUUAUAUUAGUGAGGAAGCAGUCCAUUGUUGUAGCUUUAUUAAGAUGUAAUGAAGAAUUGUGUUGACAUUUUAAAUGUUGUAUUAAUCAGUCUCUUGAGCAAGCA